UCCGGGAGCGCGGGGAGCGGGGCCGAGGCGCGCGCCAUGGAACAGCGACUAGCCGAGUUUCGGGCGGCCCGCAAACGGGCCGAGCUGGAGGCCCAGCCCAAGCCUGCAACCCAGAGCGCACCAGCCUCCGGAGAGAAGGCGGAAGCAGCCGCGUCCCCAAAGGCAGCGCCUGGCUGGCUAAAGCGGUUCCUCGGGUGGAACCCGAGGCCUGCGGAUACCCAAGCCUCGCCCGGCCCCGCUCAGGGAACCGCCCAGCCUGCUAGCAGCCCGCCAGGGCCCCCCAGGAGCCCAGCCGUCCCUCUGCCCUCCAGCGGCCAGCAAUCUUUCCUGAUCAACGUCACCGUCCUGAAGGUUCUCCUCUGGUUGGUUCUGCUGGGACUGUUUGUGGAACUGGAAUUCGGCCUGGUUUAUUUCGUCCUGUCCUUGUUCUAUUGGAUGUACGUGGGGACGAGAGGCCCCGAGGAGAAGCGGGCAGGCGAGAGGAGUGCCUACUCCGUGUUCAACCCGGGCUGCGAGGCCAUCCAGGGCACCCUGACUGCAGAGCAGCUGGAACGCGAGCUGCAGCUCAGACCCCCGGAGGGGAGAUAGGGCACCCAGGCCGGGCCCUCCGCACCCGUGGCCGGCCCGCCCGAGCCCUGGAACACCACCGACGCGGCCUCAGGCACGCAGGACCAAGUGGACUUCAGACACAGUUCUCUCCUAGUUUCAUCUUUCUCUUUGGACCUUCCCUAUGGGGGCAGUGGCCAUUUAUAAACGUUCUAUGCUGCACAGCAAGGAUGCCGGUGUGUGUGUGAUCAUUUGAGGGGUCAUGGGGGGCCCCAGGGAGGCCCCGGCGUCUCUGUUAAAGCUCCCAGCUGCUGGAGGAGGACGAGGACCAUCAGGGCUGCGGGUUCAGCGCU